AUGUCCUAUGGUAGACUUUGGAUCACGGACAUUAACCUGCACUUCUUUGGCCUCUCAGAGUCGCGUGCGUUCGAGAUCGCUGUUAAGAACAUAGAAGAAGCAACUCCUUCGCCUCUUGAAAGCCACUUCGCUCUUUUGGACGACCAAAGAGACCUGGAGGCUCUUGACGAAAGGUUGAAGCAGGACUCUUAUAAAGUCUGCUGCUUCCGAUCCUCCAGAGGGACUCCUGUCUUCGUUUGGGUGCAUUUCGACGAUCAUCUCACACCUGCUCGGCUGAUCCUACCGCGAUUCAUCGAGUGCCUGGCAGGAGCUUUGGGGUGUGCCGCCACUAGUACAGUCGUCAUACCUUUCUCGAAGACUGAGGUAUACGCGGGUAAUUGUGAGAGCUGGGAGAGCAUGUGGUUUCUGGGGGACGAGAUGGCGCUGGAGGAGAACGUGGAUCAGAUUGAGAACCCAGCAGGCUCUGGUCACUUGACAACACGGCCGUAUCGGGUGACAAAGCUUUGCAACGACCAAGGCCUGGUGGAGCUCGAGCCUUACCCGGUGUGGGGGGGUACUCUGGGACUGCAGAUCUGGGAGGGGCCGGUCAGAAAGACCUUGUACCCCGUUCCAAAGACCGAAGAUGAGUCGGAGAAUCUCGACCCGUACACGGCAGAGGACCGGGGAUUCGUCUGCGAACUGGUGGAGGAGUCCGCAUGCUUUGCUGACGUCUGCUGGAACUGCAAGACGAAGCCUGAGGGAGCUAAACUGUUAAAGUGCGGCAAGUGCGGGGACGUGAGGUACUGCUCAAAAGAGUGCCAGAAGCUGAGCUGGCAGAAAGACCACAAGCUCGAGUGCGACGCACGGAAGCAAGCAGCACAAGGGUCCCGGGCGGUCAAGGCUGGCAAAAAGAAGAAAGCGGCACAGAAGGGGCAGACGGAUCAUGAGAAAGAGGUCAGAGAGAGGCUUGCGCAAACAAUAGCAGAGAAUCUUAAGGACGUCGACUCUUGA